GUGGGGCGAAUUGGGAGCUCGUAUAUUGCUUUGGUCAGUCGUCGAUAAAUUCCGUUAGUGUCAACAAGUGGGAAAAGUAUAUGUGAUGUCGUGCGCAUAAAAAUAAAAAUUGCAUUUUAUGUGAAAAGAAAGAGAAAAAAUUGUAUGAACGCUGCAGUUUUCAGUACGUUUACAGCGAACGGGUCACCUACAUAAAAAGGGCAUUGCUCUUUCCUGACGUGCUCUCCAAGAAUUUUCAGCAAAUUGCAGCAAUUUUCUUAUUUCACAGUAAUAAUAUGCUUAAAUGACCUUUGUUUUACAUUAAUUGACUCAGUUGAUUAAUACAAUCGGCGCAAAAGUACGUCAUUUUAAAUAAAGAAAUUCAAAAGCAAAAACGAAAAGUGAAAAGAAUAUUUGUGAUUUUUUGGCACGCAACAAUAACGACACCGGUGAGGCGAGGUUUUGUGAAAAAAAUAUAUGUACAUAUAUUAGUUGUGUUGUUGGAUAAAAACGAAGACAGUGUGUAAUAAAAUUUAAAUAUGUGAAAUUCGAACGACGUGAAAAGCAAAAUACAUAUGUAUUCAAAACAAUCGAUAUCACUACUGUGACCCGUAAAAAGUAAACAAAACGACAAGUCAGCUGUUCCAAAAAGUGUACUACUGAAAGCACAACUUAAGCAAACACACAUUUAAAGUAUUAAUAUAACUAUAAUUAAUAUAUAUAAAAUACAAGUGAAAUUAUAGUCGACACAUGGAUGACGAGUUGGAGGAUAAAGUCUUUUACCAAGCAUACGUUUCCCACAUGAAGAUUUUAUCGAAAUUCGCUGUGGGCUUUUCGUCCAUCAAUUCGCCCUUGGCUUACAUAUGGAAAUUAUGUCGCCUCUAUCUGCUACGACCCGAAGUGAUAUUUUUCGGUGUGAUUCUUUUCAUUUUCUUAAUUUACUUACAAGCUGUUGAUGCCUGGAGUCGUGGCUUAUUGGGGCGUAUACAAACCACACUUGGUCGUCAGAAGGCAAAUCGUCUGAAGUUGACAAGUGAGGCAAGCGGUCAUGGUGAUUAUCAAUGUUGGGAAGAGGUGCGUCAGCAAAGUGCCGUUUAUGCGUUACUCGGACGAAGACCACGUAUGGAAGACAGAUACAUCAUCGAAGAGAAUAUCAAUAAUAAUACAGGAAUCUCGUUUUUUGCCAUCUUCGAUGGUCACGGCGGUGAAUUUGCGGUGGAUUUUGCGAAAGAUAUUUUAGUAAAAAAUAUUUACAAUAAAAUUAUCGCUACAACAAAGCUGCUGGGCAAUCAACAACACCUGUCCGAAAGUAAUAAAAAAGCAGCACUCGAUGCUGAUUACGCGGAAUAUGACGCGAGUCCAUACCUGAAGCGGAAGGCAAGCCGUAAAGAUGAAAGCAAUAAGGAGAAUAAUGAGCCGUCAGUGCGGCGACGAGACAGUCUGCGCAAGGCACACAGUACCGCAGAUGAUUGCAAGACACCCUCAGGUGGCAAACAACAAAAGGACACCGAUGUCUUCACUUCCAAACUGAACUCUCUAAUGCGCAGCAGCAAUGCGGCCAAAGAUGCUCUUUUCGGUGGCGGUAAAGAUGCUGGCAGCGAGGGCGGCAAAUCAAAUGGACCACCACAGAAUUUCGACGCCAAAUGUUACAUUGAAAAUGGUAAAAUUAAUUAUGGCAAAUUAAUCACAGACGAAGUCUUGGCCGCCGACUACAAACUGGUUGAAGCAGCAAAAAAGCAGACCAAUAUUGCCGGCACCACAGCACUGAUCGCCGUCAUCGAGGGCAGCAAAUUGACCGUGGCGAACGUUGGCGAUUCGCGUGGCGUUAUGUGCGACUCACGUGGAAUAGCGAUACCGCUGUCAUUCGAUCACAAACCGCAGCAAGUGCGUGAGCGCAAGCGCAUACACGAUGCUGGCGGCUUCAUCGCAUUUCGUGGCGUUUGGCGUGUGGCCGGCAUAUUAGCGACGUCCCGUGCGCUCGGCGAUUAUCCAUUGAAGGACAAAAAUCUAGUCAUAGCCAAUCCGGAUAUAUUAACCUUCGACUUGAAUGACCACAAGCCCACAUUUCUGAUACUCGCCACAGAUGGUCUGUGGGACACGUUCAACAAUGAGGAGGCCUGCACUUUUGUCAAAAAGCAUCUACACGAAGCAGACUUCGGCGCCAAAGCGUUAACAAUGGAAUCAUAUCAACGUGGUUCAGUGGAUAAUAUCACCGUGCUGUUGGUAGUCUUUCGUAAUGGCAACUAUCGUAUCAGUUCGGCCACAACAACGAGUGCAACUGCAUCGAAGACCCACAACAAUGCAGCUGCGCCAGCGUCACUAUCCGCUCCGGCGUCGACAGCUAAAUUUCCCGCAACCAAUAAUGCGGCGAAAUUUCCCGUAACAAAUUUAAUUCGUUCGAAUAGUGGCGUCACCGCGAAGUAAAUCUCCCUUAUUGCAUCUAUGUAUAUACCAUACAUGUUUCAAUAUGUAUGUGUAUAUAUGGAUAUUGUGUCAUCAUAAGGAUGGAGUUGAGAGCACGCCAAAUGACCAGCGUUAGUGAAAUUAGGAAAAGAAAAACGAGGGUGGGAAGAAAAAUGUAUUUUUAAAAUUAUUUAUGUGCCCUGUUACUAGUUAUUAAGCAUUUCUUUCGAAACCGAAACAUAUUCGAAUGUGAGAUAUGUAUAAAUGCAUAUAAAAAACAAACUCGCUAAUAAUACAUUACGACAUAUUCAUCUAUGUAUGUACAUAUGUAUGUAUUGAAUAUAAUAACACUUUUUUAUGCAACACUUCAAGGAAGCCAAGUAAUCUUACACCUGCAACAA